AUGUCUAAGAAUGACUUAGAGCACAAAGCAUUCGCUAAAAUCACGGAAUAUAUGGUUGAACAAAAUCGACCUUAUAGCGCUACGGAUGUCUACGCGAAUCUUCGGCAAGAAUUUGGAAAAACUCUGGUUCUGAAGGUAUUGGAGUCCUGUGCCGCAUCUGGUACGUUGAAGGAGAAGAUGAUCGGAAAGCAGAAAAUUUUUUAUGCUAAUCAAGAAAACCUUGAAGUGUGCGACGAAGCAGCGAUUGCUGAUUUAGACUCACAGAUCGGUUGUCUUUCUGAGGAGUUGAAGAGUCUCACAGCUCAAAAUAAGGAAAUUCAAAAUGGUACCCAACUUUCAAUAAUAUCGCUUUUACCAGUACAUGCAUACUUGUAUAUAUAUAUAUGUAUAUAUAUAUAUAUAUAA